UCCUCUUCAAUUUCUUGCUUCGCGUCUUCAAUCUCUCGAUCCCCCUCAUUGAUCUCAUCACAGUUCACUCUCAGUGAUUUGAAUUCAACUCUCAAUCCUUCUCAAUAUCUUGCUCCGCCUCUGCGAUCUCACCUCCGACAUUGUCACCAAAGCUGUCGUUGCCGAUGCCGCCACCGUCAUCGAAGCCACUAUUGCCGGCGUUGUCACCACAAUUGUGAUGAUAGACAAGGAUAUCUCAAAUUCAAAAUGAGAUCUCUGUUCUGGGAUCUGAAUUGGAAAUUCUCAAGGUGUUUGAAGAAACGCCUCAGAGAACUUUAUCUUACUAUAUAUCUUAUAUUGAGUCUGAGAGCAUGCAUGGGUGUACGAAGGCAUGAAUCGGAUUAUGUUCCAACAAGAUGGAAUAGAGCACUGGAGCUUUGUGGAUCAUUUUACUCAAAGGAAUCUGUUAGUAAGCAGAUAUCUAUUGCUUUCCUAGAACGUGUCAAGGCGGAUUUUAAAAAAAGAAAUGGUGGAGGAAGAGCGGAUACAACUGUUGCCAAAAGUCUCAACAAGAAAUUUGGUCGUCUUCUCGCUGGUUCUAUCGUUUGCUCAUCCCACAGCUUGUGGUUUGUAGGGAGUAUAAUGCACAAAUAGGUUGAUCACAUGCAUACCUAUGGAUAAAACAGAUUCAGCAAUUUUGCCGUUUUGAGCAAUUUUGUAUUAAUUUGACCAAGGAAAAGCUUCAGCAACAUUUUAAUCAGUUUAAACAUGUACUCAUGGUCUCAAAUAUUUAUUCUCCAGAAAGAGUACAAGAAGGAGGAGAUCGUUGGAGUUAUAUUGAAUUUGUUGACAAUUAAGAUAUUCUAGAUCUCAAAGGUUCAUAGUUUUAUUCUAGAUCUCAAAGAAAUUAGGCCAUUUUCACAUUUGUUUUACUAUAAUAGGCCAUUUUCACAUUUUAAUUUUGUAUUUAAUUAAUCAUGUAAGUAUAUUGAAGAAAUAAAAAAAUUGACUUA